AUGGCGGUGUUAGCGGAAGUACGUGAACUCUUCAGUCAACUUUUGGCGGAGCUCUUAGCGUACCAUCGUGUGAACGGCAAUGACCGAGUGCGUCUCGUUUUUGAGCACCCCGAACUAGCGAAUCGUGCAUUCUCAACGCCGGUGAUGCCGCAUCUGAAGAUGAUGCAGUGUCGGAUUUUCUGGACGACGAUGCGGAAAGUGACGCAGUCAACGAAGAGUUUUGCGAUGAUGCAGAAGAAGACGUUAGCGACGACGCGCACGAUGAUUGUGAAGAUUCCGGAUCCCCGAUUUCCAGAUCAGAUGGAAAACAGCAAUGGAUUAGAAAAGGAAGGCCACAUCGUCGAGAAAAUUCAAGAUGGCUCCAGUAUUACAAUGCUAAAAAUUCCCGGGCUGAAGUGCAAGUUCAUCGACACGCUGUCCUUCAUGCCACGUUCUCUUUCGGAGCUUCCAAAGGAUUUGGGAAUUGACCAUUUAGUUUUGAAAGGAUUCUUUCCUUACGCGUUCAACACGCCGGCAAACCAAAAUUAUCAUGGACCGUUGCCAGGGAAAGAAUAUUUCGACUGCUCAAGGAUGUCAGGCAAGAAAUUUGAAGAAAUUGAAAAGUGGUAUGAUGAAGCGGUUAAUACGUUUGGGAAUAACUACAACCUCCUGGAGGAAUGCAAGAAAUACUGCGUGAACGACGUUUUGGUUUUAAGAGAAUGUUGCCGGAUCACACGCAAAAACUUCAUGGAUAUGUUCCCUGGUAUUGAUCCAUUCGAUUCUGUAACAAAUCCGUCAGCAGUGCUUCUGGCUUUCCAAGUUCAUUAUUUGAAACCGAACACCAUCGGGAUUAUUCCUCCAGGUGGUUACGGCGGGCGACAAAAUCAAAGUUUCAAAGGAUUUCAGUGGUUGUCGCAUAUCGAAAGACAGUUGCAAGAGAAACAGCCGGAGGAUUUCCUUCAGACUGCUCGUUCAGCUGCAGGUGAAAAGCUUUUGGACGACAAAAUAUGUGUUGAUGGAUUUUGGGAACCCACCGGAACAUGUUAUCAGUUCUACGGGUGCUUUUGGCACGGCUGCAAAAAAUGCUUCCCUGACCAACGGAGAAUGAACACGGUCAGAAUGCGUACUUUUGGCGAAUUGCGGGAGGAAACGCUGAGGAUUAAAAGAAAGAUUGAAAGCUACGGCAGAUUUUUUGUGGGAAUCUGGGAAUGUGAGUACGACGAAUUGGUUAAAAGUGGAAAAAUCAUACCGCAAAAAGAAUUUCGGCCACCACUGAAUGUACGUGACCACUUGUUCGGCGGAAGGACUGAAAUUUUUGCAAUGUAUAAAGAGAUUCCGCCACCGCUGAAAGGAAAAGCUUUCGAUUUCAUAUCCUUGUACCCGUCAAUAAUGGUGUACGGCAAGUAUCCUGUGGGCCAUCCUACGAUUCUUUACAAUAACUUCGGCGACCCGUUCGACUUAUCGGAAUAUUAUGGCGUAAUUUACUGUCGUGUACUUCCCCCUAAGAAUUUGUUUGUGCCGACGUUGCCAAUGCGACUGAAAGAUGGAAGAACCGUCUACACGUUAUGCAGAUCAUGUUCGGAAGAAGUGAAUAUUGCCAAACAGUGUGAGCACACAGAUGAAGAACGGGAACUUGAAGGUGCAUGGAUAACUCCCUUGAUGGAACAAGCGGUAUCAGACGGGUAUAAAAUCAGCAACAUUUUUGAAAUCCACCAUUUCGAAGAAACAUCGCAAUUCAAUCCUGAAACCAAAGACGGAGGAAUUUUUGCUCAGUUUAUUCUCGACUUAAUCCGUGACAAAAUUGUGAACAGCGGGUUUCCGGCGCACAUCGUGACGGAAGAGGAGAAAUGGGAUUACUGCCGCAACUACGCCGAAAAGCUAGGAAUUGUUUUUGAACCUGACGAAGUGCAGCUAAAUCCAGGUGCAAAAUACUGUACGAAAAUUUGGGUCAACGCUGUGUGGGGCAGGUUUGUUAUGAAAGCGCUGUACCAGCAACAUAAAUACUGCAAUACUUAUAAGCAAAUGAAGGACAUCGUUUUCAAUACAUCGUUCGAAACAAAAGAUGUUCGGAUCGUGAAUAACGGCAAAGCGUUGGAUGUCACCUAUAUGGAAAAGAAAAACUGGGCUGCGCCAAACAAACGAUGCAAUCCGUACAUUGGUGUUUUCACUACUGGUUUGGCUCAACUGAAGCUGUUGCAACAACUACGGCUAGUUGAGGAUCGUCUUCUUUAUUGCGACACGGACUCCGUUAUGUUUGUUAGUGAACUGGAAAAGCCAGAUCCACCUCUUGGAGAUCUGUUGGGCGAGUUUUCCGAUGAUCUGGGUGGUAAUUAUUUCGUCGAAUGGUUGGCACUGGCAAAGAAAACGUACUGCCAAAUGAUGUCUACCGGAGAAGAACGAAUCAAAUGCAAAGGUAUUCCAAAAACCGAGGCGCUGAAGGAUCGUUUCCAUGGAUCGGUGCUACGGGACAUGUUAUUCAGCACUGGCCCAUCAACUGUCCAAGCAUGCGAUGACAUAACGUUCAAACGGAACACCACGGACUUUAUCAUCCAAACUGUGCCUUUGCAGCGGCGCGUGGGAUGCACAUUUACCAGCAGAGUGAUCGGAGAAAAUUUUGUAACGUACCCGCACGGAUAUGAAAAUAUUCCCUUUCCUAAAAUCGGCUCGAAGGAAAUGGAUCUCGUAUUUAAUUUGCUUGAGAAAUACACCCCUGCUAUGUUGUAUGAAAACAUUGACGAUGAUGUGGCUCUCGAAUCCUUAGUGGAUUAG